GAGGGGACUUCAUGGAGGGACCUAGCUCCCUGUCCAAAGAUCCAUCUCCAAGACAACACGGUUCCUUACCAACCGUCCAGCCUAAGCCUUCCCUUGACAACGUGCAGCCCAGAAAACAGCCCUCUGAACAAUCUUGCAUCCCAAGCACUGGCCACCAACUCUUUAGUUUCAGAAAAAGUUUCUGUGCCCCCUACCAAAAGACACUGUCGUUCACUCUCAGUGCCCGAAGACCUUUCCCGCUGGCAAGCUGUCUGGAGGCCCCUGGGCUCCAAAGUGUGGACACAUAUCAAACGUCGGGAGACCAGUGGAGUGGACACUUUAGCAGUACAAUCCAAGAACCUGGUUCAGGAAGCCAACAGACUUUGCUUCAAUCCAGUCCCCAGUGCCUCUUAUCAGUGUGUUCAAGAUGGUGCUGUUGGUGGCAGGAGCCCACCAUUUUUCAGUCUGGCUCUGUCUCGAGAAUCGCCAGCAAGUGUACCAUGGGAGACUGGAGAGACUUUGCAGCCCUACCCUCUGCAACGCCGUUUCUCUCUGUCACCGGUCAGAUUCUUGCCAUCCCCCCAGAGCUCUACCACUUCCACACCAGAGCUCCUUCGGCACCAGCACAGCCUCCCUCGCAGCCGCUCACAGCCUUGUGACUUGGACACCAGGAAAUGUGGUCUCAAGCGGCGCCAUGAAGAGGAUGUGAGGUGGCAUAGGCCCUCACUUGAUUUCUACAAGAUGAAUCAG